CAUUUGCUUGUUCGAGAUUCAUGCUCGCUUUCAAAUUUCUUCUGCUUUCGGCAAAUUACAAUUAGUGGAGCAAACUGUAUUUAAGAUUUACGGCAAUCAAUGCACGAAUACAGCAUGCGGGAUUGCACAUGAUACUUAAGCCGCUAGAUUUUAGAUGACUAAAAUGUCAAAUCAAAAGCGCACAUUUGAAGAAGUUGAUCCAGACUAUGUUGAUGUUGAUGAACAGCAAACAAAAAGACAGAGAGCUCUUGAGGAAGAUGCCAAACAAGCUGUAUCUCGCCGUAUUCAAAACAUUGUCAAGAAUGAGUUCCAAAGAGAAAUUAACAGCAAAGAGUCAGAGCUCCAGCUGGUUGAUAGGCGCCUCAAUGAAGCCAGACUGAUGAUGGACAGACUGCGAGCUUGUAUUGUUGCUAACUAUUAUGGUCAAGUUAACCAGUCCGGAUCAUCUCAGGUAUCUAGUCUGAAUGCCCCGCCCCCCAGUAUCCACCCUGCUGUUAAGAAGUACAUCGGGAAAGCCCCAUGUGACCAGGAUGGUAAUUCUGCUUGGUCAUCCAGCCAGCAUCAGACUGAGGCUAUGGACACAGAUUCUUGUUUGGAUAAAGAAAGAGCAAAGCGUGUAUGUAAUGGCACAGAUCCAUCAAUUUCAAAACAGUUCCAGGCUACACCAUCGAGUUCGCUCCACAAGUCAGGGUUGUCUGAAGCAGAUGGUUACGAUGACAGGCGGGCUCGCUUUAAAAUCAAGAGAAAGAUAAUUGUUGGAAAUAUAUCUAAGUAUAUCCCAGUAGAUCACCGCGAGGCCAAUGACAUGUCCAGCCAUAAGUGGAUGAUGUACGUCAGAGGUCCCAGGUCAGAUCCAGACAUAUCGCACUUUGUCAAGAAAGUCUGGUUCUUUUUGCAUCACAGCUAUAAGCCAAAUGACUUGGUUGAAGUCAGCUCUCCCCCCUUCCACUUGACAAGGAGAGGCUGGGGUGAAUUUCCUGUUAGGGUCCAGCUCCAUUUUAUUGACAGUCGUAACAAGAAGGUGGACAUCAUACACCAUCUCAAGCUGGACAAAACGUUUACAGGGCUGCAGACUCCCGGUGCAGAAACAAUUGUUGAAGUGGAGUUGGAGAGAGAUUUCUUUGAGAACGGAGUCAGCACUGUAUCAUCAAAUGCUUCAUUGUGUAUGACUGGACACACAGGAGCACAAUCUUACCCCAUCUCAUCAUCACCAGCGGGGAAUAAAUACUUCAGCGCACAUAAACCCGCCCCCACAAAAUCUUCUGAAAACAUGACAGUUACAGAUGUAUGUUCAGACAAAACCACAACGUCUGGUGUAAAUGGUGUGGCGGUUCGCAAGUCUGUUGAGGUAAAGACAGACAAAUCCACAGCCGUUGCUAAAAAUAGAAAAACCACAUCUAGCUCGGUUGAAAAUGUGACAAUUGAAACCACAAGUGGUAAAAGUCCAGCACAAAAACCACCAUCAGCGAAGUGUUUUGAUAAUGUGACAGUUGAAGAAGACUUGACCACAAGUAGUACUGUAGAUACGAUGUUGUGUGGGGAGCAGGGUGGUACUCAGAGAACUUGUAGCUCUGUUGAUGAACAUGUUCUAGUGGAUCAUGACAUUGCUGAUGGAAGCUUGGAGAUGGAGCUAAAGAAAGAAAACAUUGAACUCAUCAGUGACUACAAUGUUACGAUAGCUCAUGACACUGAUGAAAAUAUGGUGGAUGUUGGUAGUGAUUCAGUACCUGUAUCUUCAGACAACAUCACGGAAAUUCUGGAUACAUCAUUAACCAGCUCUGUGGCUAACUCAAGGGUGACCUCUGUGGGUACCUCAGCAAUACGAACAACCUCGUCCAGUUUGAUGCCGUCUGGUGUCCGGCCAGUGAACAAAACCAACAACGUGCUGACUGUUGUAAGGGGCCAGUCGUUGAUUAAACCUGCAGUUAGAACUUCUCUUAACACGCACACAGCAGCUGUGUCAAGCCAUGGCACAUCAUCACCAAACCCACCCGUCCUCACCGCAGUCAGUCUUUUAAGCAACAGAACUAUGUCCCCUGCUGCUUCAGCCCUAAGUGCUGAGCAAAAGGUGACCACAGCUUUUACGGUGAUUAAUGCCCCAUCUGGUAUCAACAGGCCGACCACCUCUCUGCUGGCUGUCAAAAACUCUUCAAGCUUGUUGACUCAAGUUGGUCUACAACCUGGCACGUUAAGCCAAACUGGCGCAGUACCUCAAACUAAAUUGUUAACAAAAACUGGCGCGUUAGCCCAAAGUGGCAUGUUGACUCAAACUGGGAUGUUAUCAAAACCAGGCAUGUUAACACAAGCUGCGACACUAGCCCACAAUGGCAAGCCCUUACUGUUGCUGUCAUCAGGGGCUGUCUCCUCUCCCAUCUCUGUGGCCAACAUUCAGCAGACUGAGAGGAGCUCUCCAAAUAUCCAAAAACUGAUUGUGUUAAACUCCAGCGCUACCCCCACCUCGCCGGCUGGUAAACCGGCCGCACCCCGGCAAGUCUCUCUGCUCACCGGGAGAGUUGUUGGCCCUCAGUCCACGCCCACCAACCAGAAGGUUGCACAGUCCCUCCUGACAAACUCCCCCAACCAGAAGCUGGUGCUAAAUAAAGCAACCAAUCAGGUGCUGCUAGUGCAGCAGCCAGGCUCCACACAGACUGUGAACGACAGCAUCGUCCAGCUAACAAGUUCACAACUCCACCACCACAUCGCCCCGUCCUCGUCGCAACCAGUCUCGUUGACCUUUGUCUCCCCCAACCAGUCUCUCCAACAACCUGUCAAGCAGAUCUCACUGUUAAAAAACUUUGUCGUGCAGCAAAACGUUUCGCUCGUCAACCAACCAACUCCCCCCCUACACAUAGUGACGCACAGUCACAUGACCAACCCUGCUCCCCACAACCCUUACCCUAAAAUGUCAGCCGUGGGGGUAACCAAACACGGCAGGAACCACUAUAAAACAGCUGGCCUGUCGGUGGAGAAAAAAUUCCCCACAGAGGAGGAGAGGAAGAAAAGCCAGUACGAGGUGCUGAGGGCGUUCAAAGAAAACCCAGAGCUGUAUGACAGGCACUCGCUGAAAUCUAAAAAGCUGCUGCCACCAGCGCGAGACAGACUGGAAGGGGAGGCGGAUGAGAUCCCCCCACUCAUACCUACAGACUACCCCAAUCUAACAGCCAUGUUAAAAGUAGCUUGCAGACUUCACCCUCUCAUACAGGCUGGUGUCAAUAGGUUAACCCACCCAUAUUGUGCUGAAUCACUGGAGCAGUGGAACUCCUGGCAAGUGGGGAAGCAGAGAGCUUGUGAGUGGCACAGAGCGUGUUUUGUAAACAGGUAUUUGCAACAGUGCCUGGGGAACAGGACAGAUUUUUGUGGUGAGAGAUUGAUGACGACACGCCAGCUGGUCAACUGGUGUAGGCUCCACGCCUUCAGUCCUUGUGUGGUUGAAAAGAAGCAGCCGGUGAGGCAGGAAAUGAAGCCAGAAAACUGGACGUCAUACACACCAGUGACAGAGAUAAUGUCCAAAUUGUCUGACCUGACAGCAGCAUGCGCUGGUGGGGUGGAUGAUGAGAUCGAUGUUACUAAUUCUGAUGAUGUUCCUAAAGUAAACUUGGCCAAGCAGGACAAAGACCAGUGUCCUCUGGUCCCACAGGACAAUGACCAAUGUCCUGCAGGUAAACAGGACAAUGAUCAGUGUUCUCUGAAUGUACAGUGGAUUGAACCAACAGAGGGCGCCAUAUUUGUUUAUGAUGAGCUCAGAAAGCGAGGCCAGAGACUGAGACCAACAGAACUGGUCCCUGGGGUUGUGGCUUUGACUGCAGCUGAAAUGGUUUUUAAGGCAAUGCUGGAGUUCACGGCUGAUGUGUUAAGGGAGUCUCUGUCUGUCAAUUCACAAUCACCCAGCUGUAAUGGAACAUUGACCAGACAAGAUGUUCACGUGGCGCUGUCAAACCUACCAGAGGCGUCGUUCUGCUGUAGCAGGUUCUUGGGGAAGGAGGAGGAGGAGGAUGUGGCUGGCACCAGAUGACAUUAGUCCUGACACCAGAUGACAUUAGCGGUAGCACCAGAUGACAUUAGUCCUGACACCAGAUGACA